CAUUUGUAAAUGUUGGUAAAAAAGUUAAUUUAAUUUAAAUAAAUAAUUGUUUCCUACAGAAUGGUUAAAAAAUUGCCCGAGCAAUGUAUUUCUGCUGGAAAAGCAAGAAAAGAUCGGGAAGUACACCCAAGUAAAAAAUUUGAUCCAUUGAAUUUGGAAUUAACACAACCUGACACAGCAAUUUUGCUUUUAAAAUGCAAAGAAAAACCAAUUGUUAUCGCUGCUGCUUCAGCCUUAUCUAGUUUUGCUGCAAAAUCGAAGGAUAAUCUAGAUGAACUUUUUGAUCUUGAAAUUGUUGAAAGUAUCAUCCCUUUGAUUGACCAUGAAGAUAUUUUCACUCGAAGAUUUGCUACAAAACUCCUGGCUCAAAUGGCAACGAUUACCGGCGUCACAUAUUAUCUCUUGCAAUCUGAUAAAUAUUUAUCUAAUUUUAUAAAAAUUUUGACGAAUAAUUCAGAUGCGUUUAUGCAAGAAUUUUCUUCACUAAUUGUCGCUGAACUCACGAAAGAAUUUUAUGGGGCUGCUCGAUUUUUAGAAGAGAGUUCUGAUUUCAAUUAUUUAUUUACAUUGAUUCAAUCCCCGGAUCCGGAUGUGAAAAAAAAUUCGAUUGAAAUUAUAAAUAAUUUGAUGAAAGAACCUUUAGGAGUUCAGGCGAUUAUAUCUUCUACGGAGUUUAAUUUGAUAUUGAUUUAUAAACUAUUCCAUGAGCCAUUCGCAAUUAUUCAAAAACUAGCGAUUGAAGCAAUCGAAAGUUUGGUUAUGAAAUGUAAGGAUGAAAAGGUUCAAGAGUUGUUUCGAAAUUCUGGAGGCUUGGACGAAAUGCUGAAAAUAUUGGAAAAUCCAGAGUGGCAAGAUCUUCAUCCCGACGUUUUGAGAGUUUUGUCUCUUGCCUGUAAUAAUUUAAAGACUGUCGAAUUGAUGAUCAGCACUGGAGGAAUGCAAAAAUUAUUUAAAUAUUUGGAAAGUGCAGGUCCUAAUCUUCUGCUUGAUAUUUUUAGAGUUAUUGUUAAAUUUGCAGAUACACAUCCUGGAAGAGUGGCCUUGCACUCUUUUGGUGUUUUAAAUUAUUUAUUGAAUAUUUUACGAGAAACUGUCCAUCCUGAUAUUUAUGGCGUCAGUUCUUAUGGGAUUGCUAAAAUGACACAAUAUGGACCAGCUGCUUCAGAAUUAACGCAGGAGAACCCCAUGCCAAAUCUAUUGAAUUUUUUGAAAGAUGAUAAAUUAAAAUGGAAUGUGAGGCAGGCUGCAGCUUUCGCGUUGAGGGAAUUAAUUCAAUGUGAUUUUAGGAAUUGUCAAAACUUUUUAGAAAUUAAUGGACAGUCUUAUAUGCUGACGCUAAUAAAACAGCCAUCAGGAACAAUUUCUCAGGAAACUCAAGUGACAGCUACUCAAAUUUUGAAAGCGAUUGCAAAAUAUCCUAAUUUCAGAGAAAAUGUUAUUAAUCACGAUCUUAUUGAUGCAAUGUGCACCCCUUUUGAAUCACAGGUAGAAAAUGAUGAACUUAAAAUUGCCUGUUGUGAUUCCUUAUCUAAAUUUUGCACAGAAGAAAUUGGCAGGAAAAUAUUUUCGACUUCUAAUGGUGUAAAAAGACUCUAUUCUUUGAUUUUGGAAAAUCAGUCAAUUCCUGUAAGAGAUUCCGCUGUGAAAUGUGUACAGCAAUUGAGUACAGAUCCUCUUCUUGCCAAUUUAUUUGUUCAAGCUGAAUAUUUGCUUUAUAUGGUAAAAAACCGAUCUGCUUCAAAAAUUAUUGCCACUUGGGAUAGUUGUAUAGAAUCACUGAUGAAUUCUGAUUUGCCAUUUAAAUUCGCUUAUACGGGUCGACUUUCUUUGCAUGAUAUUACUCAAGAUGGAUUCUAUAUUACAGGUCGAAGUACUUGUCCAUUUCCUAUUUUGGAGGAUCUUUUCAGUCUCAAAAUAUCUCCCAAGAACCACAUUUAUGUAGUAAAUUGUAUUCAACCAAUAGAAGUUGAGACCGAUAGUCAUGACAAUGGGAGAACUACAAUUAAAAAGCAAUCUAUUGGAGAAGCUGCAGAACAAGUUACAAAAGAAAGUGCCGCGAAAGGGAUCCGAUUAUCAGACGAAGCAUUAAAUUCUUGGUUGGAAUUAAAAUUUGGUCGACUACAGGCGGAUCCUUUUCUCUGUGAAUAUGUGGAUUUGUUAAAAUGCAGAAUUAUAGCUGCAGAAGCCUCCGAAAUAUUUAGCAUCGAGCAGGCUGGCCUCGUUGAUAUAAGUUUAAUAGCAUCAAGGGCAAAAUUACUUGGCGAAUUUGUAGAUGAAAAAAUGUCAGGUCCUGAUCCCUCGAAAAAAUGCUUUGUCCACCAACUGGCAUUGCAUUUGGAAAAAAUUAAACAUGAGAUUCAAACAAGCGUCAUCCCCCUUGGACAACUUCGAGUCGGUUCCUAUUUAGAAAGGGCUCUUCUCUUUAAAGUUUUAGCAGACAAAAUUGGCCUUCCCACUGCCCUUGUUCGCGGGGAAUAUGGAAACAGUUGGGUUGAAGUUGCCAUUCCAAAAGUUGAAGCUUUACCAAAAAAAGAAGAAUUAGCUUCUUUGUCUUCUUCGGAAGUCGAGGGUAAAUCAAGUGCCUCGAAGAAAUCAAAAAGCUCGAUUAAGUCCUAUUCAAAUUUGUCGAAAAUUCCUUCAGAUGCAAGUCUUUGUCACAAAAGUACCAUAUUUCCAACAAAACUUCUUCGCUCGAAUUAUAUUGUGGAUCUGAUGAAUGUUCCGGGUGAUUUAAUUCCAAUUUGUAGCAAAAGGGCACAAAAUUAUUGUGAAAGACGAUCGCAAUGCGACAUCGGUCAUUGUAAAUAAA